AUGUUCAAUCUGGACAAAUACACUCCAAAUUUACUUUCUGUGUUUGCGAAGAAGGGUGGUGCUAUCGGGGCAAAACUGAAACCUGUUUUGAACAAACAGAUACAGAACCAAACAAUUGAGAUGAGACGUGACAAUGUGAUUCGUGGUUUAAUGCUCUACCUCGGUGAAAAUGAGGAAGAACUCUUUCUAGAUUGCCAGGCGCACUUAGAGGAUGUUGGCCGGCACAAAAUGAAGAUCCUGGUCUGGAUUGCCACCAGCUGCCGGCCCAUCAGUGUGGUUGAAGAUGAUGGGCUCGAGCUUGUUCUCCAGACGGCAACAGGUGACUCUUCUUACAAACUACCCGCGAGGCGAACUAUCAUGAGGAGAAUACAUGACCAGCACGCCACAGAGAAAGCCGCAAAAGAUAAGAAGAUGUUAGAGGCGAGUUGUGUGGCGCUGACUGGGGACCACUGGACCUCUGUCAACAACGAUAACUACCUCGGCGUUACUGUACACUUCAUCGAUGCCAGCUGGGAGCUUCACUCCUUCGCUUUAGGUGUGAUGAAAACAGAGGAGCGUCAUUUUGCAGAAGCGUGUGCAAGGCAGUUUCUCUACGUCGCUAAUCAGUGGAAGAUAGCUGACAAAAUCAGCACUAUUGGAACAGACAGUGCUCCUAAUAUGGUGGCAGCAGGGAGGAUACUGCCAAUCGAACAUUUGCCCUGUGUUGCGCAUGUUGUACAGAGAGCUAUUGUAAUGUCUCUUCGGGAAGGUGGUUUUGAUGGCGCACUGGCCAAGUGCCGUAAAAUGGUCGGACAUUUCAAACACAGUCCGGCCAACUCAGACGAGCUGAAUGUCCAGCAAGCCUCCCUUGGACAAGUUCAGGAGCCACUUGUGCAAGAUGUUUCAACACGGUGGAAUUCCACCCUAGAGAUGCUCAAGCGUGUGAGGCGCAACAGAGACGCACUGCACACAGUGCUGUCUCAGCAGAAGCAGAAUCUGGCCCUCCCAACAAAUGCUGAAUAUGAGAAGUUGGCAAAGCUAGAGGAACUGCUGGAGCCAUGCAGGUAUAUCACUGAGCUCCUUGGUGGGAAUAAGUAUGUAUCCUGCUCUGUGGUUCUACCUGCCCUGUGCCACCUCCAGCAUGUGAUGAAGAUCUCAGAUGAUGAUCCUGCCUAUAUUGCGCGAUUCAAGGCUGCCUUCACCAAGGACCUCAACCAGCGGAGGGAGAAAAUAAACCUGGAAUGGCUUAAGGUGGCGACUACGCUAGAUCCACGAUUUAAGGACCUUAAGUGCUUGCCCAGAGCAGAGAGGGAGCCAGUGUGGGCAAAGCUAAGUGAGUUGGUCAAGGGAGAAGAACCUACUCUGCAGCCACUCAGGGAGGAGAACUCUGAGCCACCCAAGAAGAAAACAGCCCUGCUAUUGAUGGAUUCAGACUUAGACUCAGACUCAGAGACACCAGAAGACAAUGCUGUGGAGAGGUACAAGGUAGAGCCCAGUGCCAGUCUAGAUCAGUGUCCACUGAAGUGGUGGUCGGAGCACAUUGCUGUCUAUGACAUGACGCGGGAGGAAGACUUGAUCCGUAUUGGGAAAAAUCUGGACAAGAUGGUGUCUAGAAAUACUAUGGAUGGAGCAUUGGACCUUCUGAAAGAGCUGAAAAACUUCAACAUGACGCUUAAACUUCUACAGGAGACGCGCAUCGGUAUGUCUGUGAACAGCAUCCGCAAACACUGCACUGACGAGGAGGCCAUCGCUCUGGCCAAAACACUCAUCAAAGACUGGAAACGACUUCUGGAGGCUGAAAACAAUGGCAGAUCACAGGAGGGGAUUAACGGGCUGGUCCAAGAGAGAGAGGAGAGUCCAAGCCGCAGCCACAGCCGGAAACUGGAUUUCAAUGAUGAUUCGGACAAAGAACAUAAACCCAGGAAGGAAAAACAUGAGCUGAAGCCAAAAGCGGCACCACAGCCUCCAAUAAAACUUGAGAAACAUGGAGACAGAGUGGAGAAGCAUCAACCAAAGCUUUCAGAGCGGCAACACAAAGAGGAAACCCUUGAAGACCAGAGGAACGAGCAAAGAGCCACGAAGACUGACGAAAGGAAACACUAUGACGUGUCUAGACGGCACAGCUCUGCAGACAACACAAGGAAAAGACCUGUGGAGCUCCCCAGACCACUUUUUGAAAGGUCAGAGAGGCCAAUCAUCCCAGCCAAUGAUUGUUAG